UCUUAUUUGUAUAAUUUGGAUUUGUUAUUAGAGCAUGCAUUUUGAAUUUAUAAGCUUCAUCUGUAUAUUCAACUUCUAAUAAUUCCCUGAAGACUGGAUUGCCAUAAAGCACUCUUAUAUUGUUCAUCUUCGUGGAGUUAUGUUGUGUACGAACCUAAAAAUGUAAUGCACAUCAGUAUCAGUAGUUAAGAGACUGAAAAUAUUCUUUAAACAACAAAAUACCUGAGGUGUUAUUUCACCGUGUUUUUUCAGCACAAAUCCUGCAGCAGGAUUAUGAACUGCAUAUUUUGUGACUACAUCUGUAAUUUUGUUGAACUCCUCGGGUAUGCUUGACAGAGCUUUCCUUCGUGUUGCAACAUUGUAAAAUAAAUUUUCAAUCAUUAUGGUAGUACCUUGGUUUCCAGCACAUGGUUUUGGUGGAGCUUUUAGUUUGCUAUCAAUAUAUGUUGCCCUAACACAAAUGAAAGAAAUUAUUAAUAGAAUAAUUUCAAAUUUGCCCAGUAUCUAUCAACAAAAAAUUUACAUACUUAUAUGCACACUUCUCAUCAGCUGUUUUUGUUGUGAUUGUCAAGAGUGCAAUAUGACUAAUACUAGCCAAAGCUUCACCACGAAACCCAAAAGUUGAUAUUGAUUGAAGGUCCUCAAAUGUUUGUAACUUACUUGUUGUGAAUCGUUCACAAACAAUUUCCAUGUCAUCCUUUCUAAUCCCAGUACCAUUGUCUUGUAUCUAAAAAGAAUGGGGACUAGUAAGUUUCUUAUAAGUGCUGUUUUAUUUAAACCAUACCAAAACGUACCUGUAAUAAUUUUAAACCGCCUUCUUUGACGAUGAUUUGAAUGUUGGUCGCUUUGGCGUCAAGACUGAAACGUUUAUGACAAAUUAAUUCGAGCAAAGUAUCGCUCGAGAUAGUAUACGGACUUGAAUGUCUAACCUGUUCUCGAUUAAUUCUUUUAAAGCAUUCGCUGGUCUUUGAAUUACCUCGCCUGCUGCGAUUCUGUUCACUACAACCUCAUCUAAUUUCUUAAUUUUUCCCGGUACAUUCAUAUCGAAUGACGCAAUUUCCAAUCUCUGAUAGAAAGUUCAAGAAAACAUUGGUAACCAAAUUAUUACGAUAAAUGAUACCAUAAUGGAAAUAAACGAUUAUUACAGCACACGUAACGCAAUAUAAUUAAAUCGAAUAUAAUACAGAAAUAAAUAAAUAUUGGAUAGAAAAUGUUCUUUAUAAUUUGACCAAAACUACGUCGCACCACAUGACCACAAACAUUGUUUUCGCGCCAAAAUGUGCAAAGUAGUGCUAAAGAAAUAUUACAACGAAAUUUAAAUAGGGAAGUUCAAUAAAAUACGUAAUAGUAGAUCAUUUUUAAGUUUAUUGUUGUAUACUUUAUCAUUUUAUAUCAACAAUUAACAAAAUGUUACAUCAUUUUAGAAAACGAGUGAUAAAAGAUAGGGUUGUAUCUUGUUGAAUCCAGUCAUAUCAAAAGUGCGUAUUGGUAAUUGUAAUUAAUUCUUCUGUAAUUUGAAAAUUAGUUUAAAAUUAGCGUGGCGUCAUCUACGGCAAAGUUGUCAAGCUAAUUGCCACAUUAGUGCUUGUUCUUGUCGUUAGAUGGAUUUGCUUUUCUGUUACCCUUACAUUGUCAGCCACGUGCGUUUUGAUUGAUACACUGUUUUGGCGGAAAAUCGGUGCAAUAGUUUGAGAGUUGUGUUCAAAAUUGAAAAAGAAAAUGCCAAAGUGUAGGGUUUGCGGUGGUACAGAUUUCUACAAGGAAGCUGGAUAUUUUUUCUGUCAAACGUGUCAAACGCAACACGAGGAUAUCAGGGAAGAAGUUUUAGAAUUACACAUAGAUAAUAAAACUAGAUUGCGAAAAACGAAGAUCAGACAGUUAAAAUCCCAGAGCUCAGGCGAGGAACUUGGAUGGACAUCAUGGGAACUUUAUAAUUUUAUAUUGAUUGGGCUGUCGAAUGAGUUGAUAGAACUUGGAGUACCACCUGACAUAAAGUUAACAAUAUUACAAUUAUGGGCAACAUAUUUAGGAAAAUUGGAAGUAGCAUUUAUUUCGACAAAGAAAAAAUGUCUGCCAAGAUUGGCCAAAAGAUAUAAUAAGAGGGAUGCAGAAAUUAUUUAUGGUAAAACACAACAACAAAAGAGGAAGAGAAAGCGUAGAAGAACUGGGAGUAGUACAAAUACUUCUGUUUCUGUUUCUGGUUUGCAAAGUGAGGGGAGCUCUACACGGGAACUUAAUAAAAAUAAAAAACUUUUAAUAACUGCAGACUAUGAUAGGUAUCUUCAAUCUCAAGGUAGCUCUGAAGUUGAUGGUCUUAGUAUGUUUAGUCAAAGUGCGUAUAGCGUUCAAUCUAGUUCAGUAAAUUCUUCAGAUGACAAGGCAAAAGUUCAAUUCAGUUCUCAUGCUAAGGAAGAAACAAGAAAGAUUAAAAGAUUAUCUAAAAAUUUACCUAGAAAUAAAAGAGUCAAUUAUAGAGCAAAACAUAUAAGUACUCGGUACAGAGUAGGACCUCAUGUAAUCACACCAAUGAAGUUGUGGGCAAUCAUAUAUCUAGCUCUUAGAAUACAUAAUCAACCUAUACAAUUAGGAGAUAUGUUGAGAUAUGGCAGAGAAGGACAUUUGUCCUACUAUAAACUAGACCACUUGUUGCCACCAGAAGUGAAUAUAACGAAAGAUUCAACAAAUUUUUUAACACAAAACGUUGAAAUCACGCAUAAAGGAAUGAGACAACUCAUUGCAAGUAUGGCAAAACUUCUUGGAGUUUGGGAUAUAGCUUGUCCUGAACUUUUGCCAUUAGUAAAUAGAUAUUGCCAAGAAUUAUGUUUACCAAAAGGUAUACAGCUAUACACUGAGAGGCUAAUAGCUCUAUCCCCACCAAAGAUGAUAUUCAAUGCAAAGAAGUCUAGCAUUCCAAAUUAUGAAGGACGCGUAAUGGCAUUUAUUAUUGUGGUAUUAAAAACAUUAUUUGCUCUGGAUGAUGUAACUGAGUACCAUAUUAGCAGAAUUUCAGAGAAAAUCAAUAGCUUGGCUAUUGAACGAGGUUUGUUGACUGAGAAACUGUUUAGUUUUCGCGAGUGGCAAAGAUACAUCGAGGGCAGGAAGAUAAUUUUAUCUUACUCGCACUUCCCAACGAAAGUGAAGUAUUGCCCGGACCUGCGCGGCGUAGAUGAUCUAUACCUGAAGUACCUGGAAUUCCUCACCUGCAAGUCGGAUAAAAAGGAAUCGGAUAUUAAAAUGUCUAAACACUGUCUGCCAGAGGAACUCAUUCACGCCAUGAAGAGGUACAUUAUUAAUUUAAGCUCCAACGAUGGCCCACUAAAAGCGAUGGAUAUAUUUCCACCAUCUUUGACUCCGCUUCAUUCGUAUUUGCAAUUUUUACUGGACCAGCCCAGUUAUGACAUUCCCCUUGUCAUGAGGGAGAACUUCUUUCUCACAAAAGUGGGAUAUCUGACAAAACCUGUUUCUCUUACAGAAUUAGCGGCGCAAUGCGAUAUAAAGCUGAACAUUGUAGAUUCAAAUUUGCACUUCCUUGAGAAGAUUGUGCCUCCCUUUGAACUUCCUAAAAUGCCAGGCGUAGAAGAAAUGAAGGAACUGGUAGAUGUGCAGGAUUAUGGGAAGGACCAGUGCGAGGAGAAAUGUGAACACAUCAAUGAUUACUUAGACAGGAAGAGGCCAUGUCAAGUGAAGUUCGAUAUUUCCAAGGAACUGUAUUAUAACAGUAUUAGAUCUCUCACGAAGAUCAAUUGUGAUAGUAGCACAAAAGACGAUUUUACAUUUACUGAUAUAUUACCGGAUGGUAGACUAGCAAUUCCUGACGACGACAGCGACAUCAAGACGGAGGAGGACAAAGGAUUAAUUAGUAAUAUUGACAUAGAAAGUAUACUACUAGAGAACAAAUUGUGUAAACAGUACAAUUUACAACUGUCGCGCGCGGAGAAGGAGACAAUUGUCAAACCGAGUCUUCUCAACAUGUUGCUCUAUAAGAAAAGAAGAUUCAGAUAUUUUCGAAACGCCAAGGGUCAGUUCGUUAAAGGAUCUAACAUGGUUGUGGAACUUACAAAGGAACAACAGGAUCCUCUAUCCGACGUGAAUGAUUCAAGUUUAAUUACUGGCACGCAAAUGAGUAUCAUGGAAGAAGUGUCUUUCAAUCUCUCGAAGACUCUGGACGAAAAUUUCUUUUUAUCAAAUGGUAUAGACAUCAACAACAUAGACAUUGAUAACAUGGACAUCGACACCAGCUUCUUAAACAUGGCGGACCCUUUAAAUUUAAGCGAUCUCUCCGCGUUUCCUGACAACCUUCUCUCCACGUCGGCGAAUGAGAGAAACCAGAGCACAGGCAACGAUGAGUUCCCGUUUUUUAGACCCUUCAAAGACUAUUGGAUGUACCAGUGCAUCUUCAGCCACGUGAGACCGAAGAAUUUCGCUGUGUUCGAGAACUCUUUACCGCAGAACUUCCGUUGGCUGUUGAACGAGUGUGCACUUGCCAUCGAAACGUCCACAGAAGAUCUUUACGAGGAAGUUUGUUUAGUAGAGACAUAUCUCGCGUACGUUUUAAAGAAUCCGUAUUCCGAUGACAGGGCUAGCAGCACGGUUAACAGGCUGAAAAAUCGACUGAACUUAAUAUUAAGUAAGUGGUGAAGUCGCCAAUCGACUGCAACGACGCGUUGCAAUCUAACUUGUUACAUAUGUAACAAUGUAAAUGUGAUAAUAAUAUAGACUUUUAUAUUGAACACGCUUUCUUCCGGUGUCUGGAACAUGCCAAUCAAAUCAUCCAAUUACCAUUCGUCGAAAGCAAUCCUAAAAAGAGUGUUAACCCUUAACUUAACCCUUUAUGGGCCGAAUUUUUGUUCAUUAUUAUAACAAAAUCUAUGCAGUACAAAAUUAAUAGAUAUC